AUGAUGAUCUUGAGCGAACACGUGGACCUGCCGACGCCGACGGGCGUCAUGCGGACGUAUGUCCACCGCCCGACGGACGCGUCGGCGCGGUACCCGACGAUCCUCCUCUUCUCCGAAAUCUUCCAGCAGACGGGGCCCAUCGAGCGCACCGCGCGGUACGUCGCGGGCCAUGGCUACGUCGUGCUCGUGCAGGAAGUGUUCCACGAGCUCAACCCGAUUGGCACGGUCCUCGCAUACGACGACGUUGGCAAGGACAAGGGCAACGCGGACAAGAGCGCCAAGCCUGUGACCGCGUACGACAGCGACAAUGCCGCGGCGAUCGCGUGGGCCAAGACGCAGCCGUGGUGCAGCGGCGCGUUUGGCUCGAUGGGCUUUUGCCUCGGCGGUCACUUGGCCUUCCGCGCGGCGCAGCAGCCCGAAGUGCUCGCGACGGCGUGCAUGUACGCGACGGACCUCCACACGCAGGUCAUUCCGUCGACGCCCGGCACGCACAGCAUGGACCCGGCGCGCCUCGCGCUCAUCACUGGCGAGCUCAUGUUUGUGUUUGGGCGCCAGGACCCGCACGUACCGCAGGCCGGUCGCACGCACAUUUACGACAAGCUCAACGCGGCGGCCAAGGACUUUACUUGGCACGAGGUCAACGGCCCGCAUGCGUUCAUGCGCGACGAAGGCGACCGCUUCGACGCGCAGCUCACGAGCCUUGUCUACGGCAUGAUCUUCGACCUCUUUCGCCGCCGGCUCCACAAGACCUCGUCCUUGUAA